CGCGUCUUUGACGUUUGGAUUCGCCAUCAACGUUCUCUUAUGAUUUUUUGCAUGACCACGAACCAAUUACGUAUUCUCAGUGACUGACCACAAAAUCACGCAAGUUUAGGACUUUGUCCUACAUGUUGCGAGUUUGUAGAGCGUCUAGCUUCUAGAGUGUUUCUUCCAUCUCAUCUAAUAACAAUUCUUCGUCGUUGGUACUAGGGUCCUCUUCAAUAUAUACGAACUUGAGGGGACUCAUUUUCCGCGCUCGAAGAAGCAUCGUGGCAGAGCUUCUUCGAGAUGUGCUCCUAUUCCUCGACCAUGCUGUUCACUCGGCCCGAGCAAUCCCAGUGGCCAGUCCUGAUGAGCUGUAUCGCUGUCUUUUAUAGCGGCUGCUCUUUACGCAUCUUUCGUUCGCUCGCGGAGAGGCCACCUCCUCCUGAGAUCGAUCAUAAGAUCACAUUUUCAGCUCACGAUCUCUCCAUACGUGGACUCGACUGAAAAUUAAGAUUUAUUGACUGUCGUUCCAGAACGAAGUGAAGGUCGGAGUGCUCGAGAGUGGCUUGGGUGGCUGCAGCCACUGAGAGGGAUCUUUUUCAGCUGGCAUCAUGGAAUGUCAUGCCAUGUUGAGUGAGGUGGGAGACGAUAGUUUGUAUAGGAAUAUUGGUGGGAGAAGCUGCUGAAAGAUACAUGUUGUUCGCCUUUACACUUGAUAACACUAGCGAAAAGAAAACACAGCAGGGAUACAACUACUUACUGUAAGAUUUCACGUAGGGAGAAUGCAGCAUGUGAC